AUGGGAAUAUCGAAUAUUUUCACAAUACUGCUGUAUAUAAUUCCGAUUAUUGUACAGUUGUUGUACGAUCUAAUAACACAUGACAAUCCAGAUUAUAUUGUUUUAUAUUCAUCAGUUAGUACGAAUUUGAAUCCAUUAGCAAAUAUCGCUAUAUUAGUGUUACGACAAAAUGAUAUUAAAGAAAGUUUGAUGAAAAAAUUUCCAGUUUUUCAACGAACAAUAAGAAUAUCAGCGAAAGUAGCGCCACCAAAAUUCGCACCAUCAAAACCUGCAAAAGAAAAUACUCAUAAUUAG